UAUGCGGAUGGAGUGAUCAUUGCCGCGGAUAAUCUGGUUUCUUAUGGGUCACUUGUUCGGUACCUCGAUUUCGAACGCGUCUCUGUGAUCGCUGAUAGUACGAUGAUGGCUUGCUCAAGUGACAUCGCUGAUUAUCAGCUACUGAAACGACGAAUAGAGGAACAAACACAUACAGAUGGUUUGUUAUCUGAUGGUUUCACCCUGAGCCCCCGAGCCUUGCAUUCCUGGAUUACACGAGUCCUUUAUAAUCACAGAUGCCCCUUCAAAAUAUACCAACUGGCGAUUGUCACACCGAAAGGAGCCGAGAUUCGAGGUCCGUUACAGUUUGAAAUCAACUGGGAAAUCGCAGAAUAUGUAGCUGGAUACGAAUAG